CUGUGGUUUUUCUUGUUGGAAUUUUAGAAGUAACACAGGCUCAUGUUAAAAUAUACAUAGAAGUAUAUAUGGUGAAAAGUGUGGUGAAUCAGGGUUCAAAUAAGGUCUGUUCAUUUAAUUGAUUGAUACAUGCCUCAAGUCUUUUUUAAUCUGUAGGAUUUCCCCUCUCCCUCAUUUUCUUCUUUGCAACUUAUUUGUUGAAGAAACAGGUUUUCCUGUGGAGUUUCCCACAGUCCACAUGAUAUUGAGCACAUCCCCAGUGGUGUCAUAAUGUGUUUUCCUGCCCUUUGUACUUCCUCUGAAUUCAUAUUUAGAUGUGGAAACCUGAUGGGAUUCCAUCAGGCUUUUUUGAUUUUGGUGGGGGUUUUUGGGGCAAAAAUCCUUCAUCAGCCAUGUUGUCUUCUUCCAUCUAGAGCCUCAUAGGGAGCACUCCCCAAGGCAGCUUGUAAGUGCACUCUGAGCUGCAGUCCUCAACUUAGCUGAAAUAAACUCUCUAUAUUAAAAAUAAAAAUAAAAAUCCAUUGAACUGGAGCUGCAGGGUAAAGAAAGAAAAAGAGAGAGGCUCACAAUAUCCAGUUGUCUUUUUUUGAUGUUAGUAGCCAUUAGUAACUAUUACCUAGAUCUAUAAGUUCAUUAAGAAUGUAUAAAUUAUGAGCUAUAAUUAUUUCAAAGAAAUUCAUAUGAAAUCUUCCUGCCCUAUUGCUCUGGUUAGAACUUCAUAAUGAUCUUGAACAGCAGCAUCAGCAAACAUGCAUUCCCUUCUUUCACCCCUGAGUUUCAUUAAGGGGAUGUUUGUAGUGGUGUCUUUUAACCCCUCAGGGAGAAGCUGACCCUUAGGGGUCCUGAUUUAUCUAGCACACACCAUAAACCUCAAGGGCAAGAGACGGGGGCCCUGCUUCGGAUGGAAAUCUGUCUCUCAUCCCAUCCUUAGCCCCAGCCCAGGGGUGUCUGCAGACCCCGCUGGGACUUCCUACUUCCCUUCUCUCUCCCCUCUCACUCUCGCUAUGUCCUGUAAUUUUGAUUUUCAUUUCUACAGGGCAAGCCAAGUCUUUGAAGACUGAAGACUUGCUGGCAAUGGUGAUAAAGCUGCAGAAAGGUCAUGUGUCUCUUUGUUUCUGAGGCUCAGCCUGGGGUUUCAAGUCAGAAAGACAUGGUUCAAAUUCAGCCACCUCAACUCACAACCUCAGGAAAUUAUCCCAUUGCACUUUCUCCCUCUUAUACAAUUUAAUUCUUUGAACCAAGAAUACAGCCUCACAGUUCAAAAUUCAAGAAGUUUAAAGGAAAGGAAAAACCAGUUCCCCUGCCAUCCCUACUCCCUCCCGCCACACACCAGUCAUACAUUUCCCUGACUCAAGGGCAAGCAGCUAUUGUUUUUCAAUUUUUAAGUAUCUUUCCAGAGGUUUUUAAAAAAUGCAUUGAUGGAUGUAUUUUUUUUUUGUCCUCCCUUUUUACAUACAAAUAGCAAUGCAGUUGGUUGCAGGAGAUCUGGGAGCCAGUGUGCACCCAGUAUCUACAUCAGAGCCGAGGCAGUGCUGGCCAGAGAGGGAAGUCUGGAGCCACAGAUAGAGGACCUGAUUAACCGGAUUAAUGAGCUUCAGCAAGCAAAGAAGAAAUCCAGUGAGGAACUGAGAGAGACCCACACUCUCUGGGAGACCCUGCGUAGGGAAUUAGACUCCUUGAAUGGAGAGAAAGUGCACCUAGAGGAGGUCUUGAGCAAAAAGCAAGAGGCACUCAGGAUCCUCCAGAUGCACUGCCAAGAGAAGGAAAGUGAGGCUCGGAGGUUGGAUGUCAAAGGACAGCUGGAGGAUCUGACGGGCCAGCACAAGGACCUCUGGGAAUUCCACAUGCUGGAGCAGCGACUGGCCCGGGAGAUCCGUGCCCUGGAGAGGAGCAAGGAGCAGCUGCUCUCGGAGAGGAGGCUGGUGCGCGCCAAGCUGCGGGACGUGGGGCGGCGGCUGCGCUCGCUGCCUGAGGUCGAGGGCGCCAGGGCGGUGAAUGACGGGCUGAAGGCGGAGCUGGAGAUAUUCGGUGAGCAGGUCCAGAGCGCCCCCGGGGUCGGGGCCGGCGAGGGAGAGGCCGGACCUGAGCUCCCCCGCGCCCGCGACGAGGCGGAUCCGGAGCCGCCAGUGGCUGCCCCUGACGCCCCCUAGGCCAGCAGGACCCGCCCGGUCCCGACCGUCCCUCGCGACCGGCCAAGAAAUAAAGGCGAUAAUUUCCGACCAUGCCUGCGUUCUCCCCGGAGUCUGUGCUUCACUGUGGGGAGGGGAGGGGCGUCCUGGGGUCUCGAGGCGGGGCCUCUGCCGGACCCCGCCCUCCAGUCAAGCCCCAGGCGCCAGAGGCUCGGUCAAUGCUCCUGAGCUCAGAGAGGGUAAAGUGGGUGUCAGGACCCCCCGCCCCACGGCCUCAUCUCGAGUUCCCAAAUCUAUGUUGUCAACAGGGGCUAGAGGGCACGUGUUAACCCAUUCCGGUCCUCGGGGUCUGUGUGUCUCCGGUGGUCUCAGGAAACCGAAAGUCUCUGCAAGACCCGCAGACUCGCGCUAGCUCUGGGACGUGUCUGCCCAUCUGAGCUCCUCUCACACAUUUGGUUCUAGCCAAGGCUGCCUCUCCACCCUUCUCAAACACUCCAAACACGUGUCCCUUCCGGGCCUUUGCCCUACUGGCCCUCGUCUGGGGUCACAUCCCCUAGGCCACCUCAGAUCUGUUAAAUUUGUCCGCCACUCCGGAGGCCAGCCUUGGGGACCCAACUCCAAAGGCACCCGGCACCAGGCUGCUGCCAUUGACUGAGCAUGUAGUGACUAAGCAGGCAUUUGCCGAUUGCCUGCUGGGUACCAGGCACUGUUGUAAGCCCUGGAUUUUAAACAGCGCGGUUAGCGAAGGCCUCACCUAGAAAGUGGUAUCUGAGCGGAGAAGUGAGGUAGCGAAGGAGGGAGUGAGCCCUGUGGGUGUUUGGGGAAAGGUGCGCCUGGCAGAAGACAUACCUCAUGCCAAGGCCUGGAGGUGAGGCUGCACUUCGCUGUGUUUGAGGAGCCAUCUGGAGGAGGCCUGCAUGGUGGAGUGGAAUGAGGUAUAGUGGGGUGGGAGACGACACUGGAGAGUUGCCAGGGACCAGUCAAGUUGGGCAUUAUCUAAUGUGUGUAGAAGAGGACCUGGUACACAGUAUUCAGUGAAUGUCAACUGUCACAUGCUGUUGUGAUGAUUCAUUAUUCCCAGUCCCUAGAGAAUGGGAACUGAGACGUGUGACUCACUUAAAUCAGGGCUUCUGUCCAUUAAGUGAUCAGUAAGCAGUUCAUAUGAUUUAUUAUUAUUAUUCUCAGGCUACAGAUGAGGAACACCAAGGUGUGUAUGUCUCAGAACAGAGAUUUUUAUACAGUAAAUGCUCAAUAAAUGGUAUCUAUCAUUAAUUUUU